UUUGCGACCAACUUUUUGUGCUCACUCUUAACACGACGAGGUUAAGCAAAUCUUGUGACAUAUACUUGUCACUUUUUCUGGAAGCAUCAUCUUGGGAAGCAAAAUACACCAGUCUUCACGCAGUCGACAUGGCGUCUGUUAUUCUUGCAUCGCUCAACACAGUGGGCCUUAUCUUUGGAGGAUGUUGCUCAAAUGUCUUUGCGCUGGAGAAAAUUAUCAAGACUGAGCCAGACAGUGGUCUUCUCAUCACCCUUGCUCAAUUCGUCUUCACAGCCCUCGCCGCCUCCUUCUCUCAACUCACACCAACUCUGACACUCAGAUCACCCUCCGUGCCUAUGAGCAGAUGGGGCUACAUUGCAUUCAUGUUCUUCGCAGUCAACAUGCUUAAUAACUGGGCCUUUGCCUUCAACAUCUCGGUGCCUGUCCAUAUCAUCUUGAGAAGUUUCGGCAGUGUGACGACGAUGUUGGCGGGUGCUUUGCAGGGAAAGCGCUACACUUUGCUGCAGGUUGGCAGUGUAGUUCUUCUUACUGUCGGUGUACUCAUCAGUGCUUUUGCCGAUGCUGAUAGCAAGGGUAAAUCCGUCGAAGCAUCCAGCACAGAUCUCGGCUCCGGCCUCCUCAUCCUCCUCGCCGCCCAAAUCCUCUCAGCCUAUAUGGGCGUCUACGUCCAAGACACCUACGCAACCUACGGCUCCCACUGGCGUGAGAACCUCUUCUACAGCCACUUUCUCUCUCUACCCAUGUUCCUCCCCCUCGCUGCCACUCUGCGCCGUCAAUACGCCAAUCUCGCUGCAACGCCUGUCCUGGACGUCCCCAACAGUCUUCCAGUUCUCCAAAGCCUUGAGCUGCCCCGUGGAAUCGCUUACUUGCUUCUAAAUUCCCUGACACAGUUGGCUUGCAUUACGGGUGUGAACUUGCUUUCUGCUCAGGCCUCUGCGGUUACUGUUACCAUUGUGUUGAAUGUCAGAAAGUUGGUCAGUUUUGUGGCUUCGACUAUUCUGUUUGGACAUAGUCUAAGUCCUAUGAUGUGUAUGGGUGCCGGAUUGGUGUUUGGAGCUGGAGCACUUUAUGGAUGGGAGACUAGCUAUCGUAUUCCUUUGCAGAAGAAGAAUCAGAAGCAGGCGAGGGAGCUCAAGGAGGGAAAGAAGCAGUGAGGCUUCAAUCACUAGGCAUGAGAGCUAGCUCUCUCGUCCCGAGACGUAUCGAUAGACAUAUUUACCUCUCAAUAGCAAGGGGAAACUCAAGAGGAGAAGAAUAUAGAUCUUCUGCUCCCUCGGUUUACAGAUCACAUAGGCACAAGUCCAGCG